UCUCUCUCUCUCUCUCUCUCUCUCUCUCUCUCUCUCUCUCUCUCUCUCUCUCUCUCUCUCUCUCUCUCUCUCCCUCUCCCUCCCUCUCCCUCUCUCUCUCUCUCUCUCUCUCUCUCUCUCUCUCUCUCUCUCUCUCUCUCUCUCUCUCUCUCUCUCUCUCUCCCUCUCCCUCUCCCUCUCCCUCUCCCUCCCUCCCUCCCUCCCUCCCUCCCUCCCUCCCUCCCUCCCUCCCUCUCUCUCUCUCUCUCUCUCUCUCUCUCUCUCUCUCUCUCUCUCUCUCUCUCUCUCUCUCUCUCUACCCCUUCCCUAUGGCAUUGGCUAGGAACAAUGGCCACCAUGAAUUGCUAUCUAAGAUAGCAACCAACGACAACCAUGGUGAGAACUCCCCAUACUUUGAUGGGUGGAAGGCAUACGAUAAAAAUCCAUAUCAUCCCACCACGAACCCGCAGGGGGUUAUUCAAAUGGGUCUAGCUGAAAAUCAGCUAUGCUUUGACCUGAUAGAGGACUGGAUUAAGAGAAACCCCAAGUCGUCCAUUUGCACGGCAGAAGGGGUAUCAAAAUUCAAGGAUAUUGCAAUCUUUCAAGAUUAUCAUGGGCUAUCCGCUUUCAGAAAUGCAGUGGCCAAGUUCAUGGAGAAAGCGAGGGGAGGUAGAAUCAAGUUCGACCCAAAUCGGAUUGUUAUGAGUGGUGGAGCCACCGGAGCUAACGAACUGAUUACCUUCUGUUUGGCUGACCCUGGAGAUGCAUUCUUGGUUCCUACACCUUAUUAUCCAGGGUUCAAUCGUGACUUACAGUGGCGAACAGGAGUUCAACUACUUCCGGUCGUUUGCCAAAGUUCUAAUGGUUUCAAGGUCACAAGAAUCGCAUUAGAAGCAGCAUAUGAGCAAGCCCAAAAGGCCAACAUCAAUGUAAAGGGAGUGAUCAUCACCAACCCAUCCAACCCACUUGGGACCAUCUUAGAUAGAGAAACCCUAGAAGCACUAGUUAGCUUCAUCAACGAGAAGAACAUUCACUUAGUCUGCGAUGAGAUAUAUGCUGCAACCGUCUUUAACCAGCCUAAUUUCAUUGGCAUAUCUGAGAUAGUAGAGAAAGAUGCCCGAUGCAAUAUGGAUCUUGUCCAUGUUGUGUACAGCCUCUCAAAGGAUCUUGGCCUGCCAGGCUUCAGGAUAGGCGUGGUGUACUCAUACAACGAUGCCGUAGUCAGCUGCGGUCACAAGAUGUCGAGCUUCGGGCUUGUGUCCUCACAAACCCAACACCUACUUGCAGCCAUGCUUUCAGAUGAUGAUUUCACAGAGAGAUUCAUAGCUAAGAGUUCUGAGAGGUUAGCUGCUCGCCAGAAGACCUUCACAUCAGAGCUGGCUCAAGUAGGGAUAAGCUGUCUGAAGAGCAAUGCAGGACUCUUCUGUUGGAUGGACUUGCGACCACUCCUCAAAGACCAGACGGUGGAGGGAGAGAUGGCCCUCUGGCGGACGAUCAUCAACGAAGUCAAGCUUAACAUUUCACCGGGUUCCUCUUUCAAUUGCUCGGAGCCUGGUUGGUUUAGGGUUUGCUUCGCAAACAUGGACGAGGCGACCAUGAUAGUGGCACUUCAGAGGAUUCGAUUGUUCGUGUCUGAAAAGAAGGUGGUGGCACUGGCGAAGAAACGAGCUUGGAAUCAAGCUAAUCUCCGACUUAGCUUCAAAGCUGGAAGGUGUGAAGAUAUCACCAUGACCCCACGUGCAAUGUCACCUCACUGCAUGAUGUCCCCGCACUCACCGCUCGUUGGGGCGGCCAACUGAUCUUUGUUGUAUUGGAUCUAACAAUGGAGGGAUGUGAUUUCAUCCCUUUCAUGGUGCUGAUGAUUUUUUUCAUACAUAAGGGGGGUGAGGGAGAGA